UCACCCCCAUCACCACUUUUGAAGACAGACAGUCUCAGGAUCACAGUGGGAUCUUCGGCCUGGUAACAAACUUGGAAGAGCUGGAGGUGGACGACUGGGAGUUCUGAGCCUCUAAAGAAGAACCCAGCGGGUGCCGCGUCUCCACACGGGGCCUCCAUCGCCUCCAACGAGCCAUGUUCCAGGCCGCCGGAGCCGCCCAGGCGACCCCCUCCCAUGAAGCCAAAGGUGGCGGUUCCAGCAGCACGGUUCAGCGCUCCAAGUCCUUCAGCCUUCGGGCCCAGGUGAAGGAGACCUGCACUGCCUGCCAGAAGACCGUGUACCCCAUGGAGCGGCUGGUGGCCGACAAGCUCAUUUUCCACAGCUCUUGCUUCUGCUGCAAGCACUGUCACACCAAGCUCAGCCUGGGCAGCUACGCAGCACUGCACGGGGAGUUCUACUGCAAGCCCCACUUCCAGCAGCUGUUCAAGAGCAAAGGCAACUACGACGAAGGCUUUGGUCGGAAGCAGCACAAGGAGCUCUGGGCCCACAAGGAGGUGGACCCCGGCACCAAGACAGCCUGAGGCCCCUCUGGCUGUCCACUCCCUCCUCCCCCGAC